ACUUGCCUAUACGGAAGGCAUAAUGUAGACUUCCAAGAGACUGUCCAGUUGAUAAAUAUCUACAAAGAAAAUAAUAUAUAUUAUUUUAUUUUGUUUUUGACAGUGAAACAGAUAAAAGACAAAUGGAAGAGCUUUCGUGACGCCUAUGCAAGAUACAUGAGACUGGUAACAAGUAACAGGAGUGGAUCGGCGGCAUGUCACAUCAAAGAAUACAUUCAUGCUAAGGAAUUGGAAUUCUUGAGACCUUCAUUGAGUUUGGCGAGGACUGAAAACAGCUGGGAGGAAGCUGCUCCGACCGCCCCUGUCGCGAUGGAUAACAGCAGCCGAAAUUCGUGUGAUGAGACACUGGAGGGUCUGGAGCCGGAAAGCCAGUUGGCCAGUUCAUCUCAAUCUACGCCGGCAACACCUCUGGGAGAGCUGCAGACAACGCCAAGGCCGGUGCCGCGUGUAGCUGCGAGGGGGACCAAAAGAAAAGCUCCGGAAUCAGACCCCAAUGUGACAAUGAUGCUACAGAUCAUGUCAGAAAUGAAGGACAGAAUGGGUACUAAUACUAAUACCCCUUCAUACGGAAACAAGUCGGCCCAAUGUUUGGCGGAGUUAAUGGACAGGGUUCCCAAAAGCCUACAAGCCGAUAUGCUGGCAGGUACCAUACGGUACAUCAACACAUUUAUUCCACCUGAAGAACCCUACCUAUCCCCAGAACCACCACCACCGUAUGGCCCCUAUGCUAACCAACACCCGCAACAUCUGUCAGCACCAACACUUCGUCACUUCACAGCACCACCUUUUCACAGCCACCUACCUCAACACGCACCACCUUACCCGACUCAGACGCCCACACUUUCUACCCACCCUCAACUACCAACACCACCUUCUGCAUACACUUCCUCAACACUCCCUGAUCCGCCUUACCUGCAUACGCACACUUCGACAAUGUCACCUUACAGACGCCCACAGACGACACCUUCUGCCUACCAUCCCACGACUUCACAAACAUUUCAUCUACCUCCACAACCUCCUACUUACCCUUCUCGCACGACAUACCCUUCCGAUUACACACACCUGCCUACACUCCCACCUUACAAUCCUCAACCUACACCAACACCACCACCACCACAACCACCAGCAACACCACCAUCACGUUGGCCGCAUGGUACAACAUCUAGAUCAGAUUGGUCUAGUUUUGGCAAAGCCAUAGACGCUGGCAUAUCGGUGGAUGACCCAGGGGAAUCCCCAAGUUUCCAAAAACUGUAAUGUUGUGUUAUCAGACUCUAGUUCAACUGCAGUCAAAUUAUUUGUUUUCUAUGAGCUACGUUAGCUUAAAGUUUGUUUUUUGACCAAAAA